UGCUGGCACACCACGGCGUGGAGGACUGGCUGGGUCGAGUGGAAAGCGCAAUGAGGGCAUCUCUUAAGCGCCUUAUCCUCAAACACGUACGUCAAGAUAGUGUUGACUUGGACUGCUCUUUGCUUCCUCUGCAGGUAGUGGACUUGUGUCGUCGCAUCCUGUGGCACAAUGAAGUGGUGGCGGCGCUGGACGCUGCUGACCAACACUCACAGAAGCCAGACUUCGAUGGCGUGUUACGGGGAGUGACGCAAGACCUGGAGGCACUGACGAAGGCGACGAAAGAAGAGGGCAAAACCAGCACACCUCUAAGAGCUGCACGUCUUGCAUUCUUCAUCACUACGAUGUUGGAACUGCGAGACACAACCUCCAGGCUGGUGCGGGACGAGCCCUCCUCCAGGUUUGCGUACUCGUGGGUGCAGCACCUGCGCCACCACGUUACUGGAGAGAGGCGGGGCGCAGGUGUGCAAGUGAGCGUGGGCGUGGACAGUCUUGAUUACGGCUACGAAUAUCAGGGCGUAGCUACAGCCGCUGUACCAACGCCCACCACCCUGCGCGCCCGCCACUGCCUCCUCACAGCCGCCGCCAGAAGGAAGUGUGGCGUGGCAGUGGGUGGCGUGGGCGCUGGCAAGACGGAGACGGUGUGGGAGGUUGCGCGUGCUGCAGGGCAGUUCAUGGCUACCCUCACCUGCAGCCCCAACACCUCCGUGCAGGUGAGUCAGAGGAGGAGAGAGUGAA